AAAUGUUUCCCAUGUUCUUAUAAGAGCUGUUGCUGCUGCCAUCUAAAGUUUCAGUAAAACAACCAAAUAAAUUUUAAUAAAUCUCGUAGGUUAUGUAGAAUUGUCAAAACAUUGUGCAACAUCUAUUCUAGUUGCGGUCUAGCUAUAAAACAAUGUCCACGCGAUGGUAUCCAAUCUACCAACGGGGCAAUCCGCAGCUUCGGGUAUUUCUGCCGAAUUUCUGGCUCAAACUCAUUCGACCAGCCCAUGACCAACCUCCAAAUAUUGUCCAGUUUCACUGCUCAAUGGAAAUGACCCGACACGAUGUGAAAAACUACUUGGAGAAAAUUUAUAAUGUUCCAGUAGUUAAUGUACGGACGCGGAUAGCUUUAGGCAAAACUCGUCGCGAGCCACUCAAGGGCUUCGUUCUCAAGGAGGAUGAUAUGAAGCUGGCCUAUGUGACUUUGCCGAAAGAAGAAAAGUUCGAGUUUCCUGACAUAUUUGAGAAGCAGGAUUUAGCCAAGCAAGAAUCAGACAACAAAGCUUUGGAAGACACGAAGCAAGGCUUCAAGAAAUAUUUGGAGAGGAACAAAUUUAGACCUGGUCUGCCUGGUUGGUUCUCGAUAUGAAAUCGUUUGUUGUGAUUCUAGAAAAUAUAAGAUAUUAAUGUUUUGAAU